AUGAUGAAAUCUUCGAAGUCUCGCCGCGGUGGUACCGGCAGCAGUGAUCGCGGGGGCAUUCGCAAGCGGGGUCCCACUCGCACUGAUCGGGAUGGAGACAUGGACAUGGACUCCGCUACAUCUCGCGCCAGAAGAAAUCGCACCGAGACAGGUCGUGCCGCUUUGGGUGGCCGCAUGUCAGGUGCAGGAGCUGGUGGCAGAGCCGCAGGUAGUGGAGGUCGAGCUCAGGCCCGCGACAGGAACAUCGACUUGAUCCAGCGUGCAAUCGCCAGCACUGAUUCGCAAGCAAGCAUCCGUCAAAACAGAGGAAACGGCAAAUCCAAGGACAACCUCGACACGUUCUGUAUUCGCGGGUGGAAAAACAGCAAGGCAGCGAGCAAUAAGGACCACGGCCGCGAGGCUCUGGUCGCGUACCUUGAACGUCGCAUGAACAGCUUCACAAAAAGUGGUCCCCGGAUCAGACUCACUCAGCACGAAAAGAAGGGCCCCGAUACCCUGCUUGUGCACAUCAAACCUGAUCUAGGUGACAAAAUGCUUCGGCUCAAUGGAAGCACUUUUGCCGGUGUCAAAAUCACAGUUGCGCCGUACAAUGCAGAUGAUGCGCUAGCAAGCGAGUUAGCACCAGAGGACGGAGCUCCCGGCUCCACCGCCGAUACCAAAACCAAGAUGCUAGCCAUCCUCGACAAGCGAUACUUCGCUCAGAACAAGCUUCUCGACAUGUCCGAUCUGGCAGGCGAUCUCGACCUGCAGGAGAUGGGCAUUUUCAACUCCACCUCCACUGAGUCGAAGUUCUUCCCAGCUCUCAUGAAAGUUUGGGAGACGCGUUACGAUAGCUCUGCGGCUCGGCGUGAAGCAGUGGAAAGCGCCAGCUUGGCAAACAACAACCUUAGCAACAUCAGUGUUGUGACCACUCUUGCUCAAGCCGUUCCCGACAUCAAGAACCUGGACCUCUCGAACAACAAAUUCAAGGAUGCGCAGGCAAUUAUUGGGUGGCGGUGGAAAUUCCGCAACCUUGUCUUCCUCGACAUGACUGGAAACGACUUUUGCUCCCUUCCUAACUUCAAGGACACCAUGCUCAAGUGGUAUCCUAAGCUACAAGUCUUGAACAACGUUCAGGUACGCACUCCGGAAGAGGUUGCGCUUCAGAAGAAGACCCCGAUUCCUGUUCAGCCUCCUCAUUUCCAUGAUGAAUCCCAAAUCGGCGAGAAUUUCGUCCGAGCCUUUUUUGCAGGCUACGACAAUGAUCGCAAUGGCCUGGUCUCCAACGUUUACGACAACGAGUCCAAAUUUUCCCUCAAUAUCAACACUGUCUCUCCUCGAUCCCUGAAUUCCGAACCGGUUGCUUGGGGCGAGUACAUCAAAAAGAGCCGCAACCUUGACAAGAUCAGCCACCUCCCCGCGCGUAUGUCACGCUCUUUCAAGGGCGUUGACCAGAUUCGUGAGGCUUUCAGUACCCUUCCACCUUCUCGUCACCCCGACCUGACUACCAAGGCGGAUCAAUGGCUCAUCGAGUGCUACCCACUUCCUGGCCUUCCCGACCCUUCUGGGCAGAGCGCUUUUGGUGUUGGUGGCCUCUCACUCACCGUGCACGGUCAGCUGGAGGAGAGCGUUGCCGGAAAACUGGAACUUCGCAGCUUCGACCGAACUUUCAUUCUUGGACCUGGAAACACCCCUGGUGGCAUUCGAGUUCUCACCGAUGUGUACUGUCUUCGCGCUUAUGGUGGACAUGACGCGUGGAUCCCCGAUUCCAUCGCACUUCCCCCUGCGGCUGCCCCUGCCCCCGAUGCGGCUCCCGCUGCAGCUCCUGCGGCUGCCCCCACUGCCGCCGACGGAUAUGGUUUGCCUCAGCCUGGCAAGUCUGACACUCAGCUCCAGCAGGAGCAAAUCGUUGCACAGAUGAGUGCCAAGUCAGGCAUGACUAUUCAAUACUCCGAAAUGGCUCUUGUGAGCAAUAACUGGGAUGCCGAGGCUGCGUGGAAGAACUUCGAAGAGCUCAAGGCUUCUGGCACCUUGCCCCCAACCGCCUUCCUCACUCCCUCGUGA